CAAAAGAGUGCCGAAGAGGUUAGAGCUCAGCGAGCCAAUAAAGCAGCCGAGAAGAAGGCGAGAGGUGAGCUCUUGCUUAAUUUCAUGUUUAUAUUUUUGCUUUCUCUUAGCUUGGUUCUUACUGCCAUUUUAUUGGGUUCCGCACUCCUUACAGUUCCUAUUGGUCCGUGCUCUGAAUGUCCUGAACCGCCGUCCACUGCACAUAUUCAUCCAGCUUUCUUGAAUUUGGCAGUGCGUUGCGAGCUUGAUGUGAUAGAUGACGUGGACUCGCUUUGUCUCAAUUUCAUUGCCGCUUUCAAGGAAUACCUCGCUGAUUGGAUCGCGCAGCGCCAAAAGGAAAACCGCGAUGAGUCUUCGCUGAGUCACGACCUUAACCUUGCUCUUCGGCCUCAGAUAGCUCACCUUACCCACGAAAGCCGGUGGCCACUUCCAUACGCUCUUGGAAAUAUAGUGCGGCAAUUGAAGAAGGAAAUUAUGAAAAUAGGGACGCCUGACAGGAAUGGACGCUUGCAGAAGUGGUUAGAGGAUUGCGAAGAGGAAUACUUUGGUAGCGCAUACCGAGCCAUUUCGGAAUAUCUUUUAGUAAAGAUGAGGACUGCUCCAAAUGUCAUCACCUAUGACUGGUGUCCUCUGGUUAACAAGGUACUCCUCGAUGCCGUCGAAAAAGACUCCAAUGCAUUGUUUACUGUAAUUGACCCGGAAAUGGAAGGUAAAGGUGAGAAUGCCUUAUGCCAUUCCUCUUAUAAUAAGGCAGCUUCGGGCUCCAUGCUUCUCCUCGGUUGUGUUGCAGUACUAUCGAAUGGAUGUAUUGUUGCUCCAAAAGGCAGUAUGCUUGUAGCACUUACUGCGAAAGCCUUCAAUGUUCCGGUGCUAGUAGCUUCUCAGACAUUCAAAUUCGUGGAUAAGGUAAGGGGAGGUCGAGUGGCAUUGUUAAAACGGGAAGCAAUGGAGCUCGUACCAUCCGAUCUCAUUACAGCCAUUGUGACAGAUAUCCGAGUAUUACCACCGAGUUCGGCACCAGCAGUUCUCAAAGCUAAAGCACUUGAUUUGGAGUGA